AUGGCGGCCGAGGAGAGGCUCCUCGUGCCCAUCGAGGUCUUCUCCGACACGCUCUGCCCGUGGUGCUGGGUCGAGAAGCGCAGCAUCGAGGCCGCCAUGCGGCGCUACCAGGCCAAGCACCCCGACGUCGACUUUGAGCUGGUCUGGCGCUCGUUCUGCCUCAACCCUCUCCUCAAGACAAGAUGCGACAAGCUCUCCCUCUACGACGAGUGGUCCGGCGGCAGCGCAACCUUCCAGGCGCACCUCGACCGCGUCCGCGCCGCCGCCGCCCCCUACCCGGACCUGCGCUUCCGCGUCACGGGGUCGACGGGCCCCUCGCGGCUCUCGCAGGUGCUCAUCGCGGCGGUCCUGCGGCGGCGCGGCGCCCUCGCGCAGGCGCGCGUCGUCGAGGCCCUCUUCCGGGGACACUUCGCCGAGGGCCGCGACGUCAGCGACGAGGAGUGGCUCGUGGGCGUGGGGCGCGACGCGGGCGGCCUGCCCGCCGACGUGGUGCGCGCGGAGCUGCGUGACGAUGACCGCGGCCGCGAGGUCGACGACGAGGCCGAGGCGGCGGUCGAGGAGCGCGGCGUGGAGGCGGUGCCGUGCGUGAUUGUGCUGGGGAGGUACAAGGUGGGUGGGUUUCAGCGCGAGGAUGUCUUUGAGACGCUGUUUGACAGGAUACGAGCUGAGAAUAUGCCGUCAUCCUGUAAGGGUAUGGGCGCGGAGGAUGCGGGAACCCCUGGAGCGACGGAGGGGACAUGA